AUGACAAUCCAAUGCCGCAGCCUAGUCGCGGGCGCGGCCUCUGGAGAUCUCCUUGUCUCGGACGUCGCGCUCAGCUUCUGGGGCGGCAUUGACGCCGACACCGGCAUCAUUGUCGACCAGCACCACCCUCUCAAAGGCGAAUGUAUCGCAGGACGCGUAUUCGGGAUCCCUGCCGGUCGAGGAUCGUGCACCGGCAGUGGAGUCCUGCUUGAGUUGUUGUUACGAAAACGAGGACCAGCGGCACUCGUCUUCCAGCAUGUCGACCAAAUCCUCACGCUCGGGGUCAUAGUCGCGAAGGCCAUGUUCGGAGUAUCAAUCCCGGUCGUGGUGAUCUCUUCAGAAGACUUCAGGUUGUUAAGCAGUGGUAGGCAUGUGGCGAUUGUGGGCUCGGAGCUUUCAUUUGAUAUUCCGGCCUUGGACACGGACAGGAGACAUAUGGCACGGCUUCCGACGACAAUCUCCAGCAAUAUCAAGCUCAGUCUGAAGGAUAGAGCCAUGCUCGCCGGCGAAAUCGGUUUGGCAUCCAAGCUGGCCAUGGAGAUCCUUGUCAGCAUGGCUGAGAUGCAAGGGGCACGGAGCUUCCUGGACGUCUCACAAGCUCACAUUGAUGCAUGCAUCUACAUUGGGCCCGCGAGUCUCGAGUUCGCAGAGCGCUUUCGGUCUUUGGAUGCUAGGUUUGCGGUCCCCACGACGCUCAAUUCGAUUUCCAUUGAUCAGCGUCGUUGGCGCGAGAUAGGUAUGGACGCCACGCUCGCUGUUGAGGCUCAGAAGCUGGCACAGGCAUAUAUGUCCAUGGGCGCGGCCAUGAGCUUUACCUGCGCACCUUAUCUGCUUGACACGGCUCCGACUAGCGGUGAGAACAUCGGCUGGGCAGAGUCAAAUGCAGUGGUUUUUGCAAACAGCGUGCUGGGCGCCCGCACACAGAAAUACCCAGACUUCCUGGAUGUGUGCAUUGCUUUGACGGGACGAGCGCCUGCCGCGGGGUGUCACCUGGAUGAACAUCGCUUGCCGAAGUUGAGAGUCGAUGUAAGUUCGUUGUCCGGAAUCGAUGACGCCUUCUGGCCGCUGUUGGGCUAUCAUGUUGGAAAACUGACAGGCCCUGACAUCCCGAUGAUAUGCGGUCUGGAACAUCUGGAGCCGCAUGUGUCAGAUUUGAAGGCGUUUGGAGCGGCGUUCGCAACUACAGGCUCGGCACCCAUGUUCCACAUCCUGGGUGUCACGCCAGAGGCAGACGAAGUCGCAAAGACGACCUCGAACUUGCCUUCCUACCAAGUCAACAGGGCCCAGCUGAGAGAGUGUUGGAAACAGCUUAACACUGCCAAGGAACCUUCACUCGGGCUGGUGUCCUUGGGAAAUCCUCACUUUUCGCUAGAGGAGUUUGAGACGCUUGCAGCGCGUUGUUCUACUCGCCGAAAACAUCCUGACGUAGCCGUCGUGGUGACAACAAGUCGAGCCGUCUGCGAACAAGCAUUGACAGCUGGGUAUCUUGACAGCAUACAGGCAUUUGGUGCUGGCCUGAUCACUGAUACCUGUUGGUGCAUGCUUGGUGAGCCAGUGGUCCCUCUGCGAGCGAAGAACAUCAUGACCAAUUCCGGUAAAUAUGCUCAUUAUGCUCCCGGUAUGGUGAUGAGAGGUGUGCACUUUGCGAGCCUUUCGAGCUGUAUUGAUGCCGCUUGCAGCGGGCAGGUCGACCAGGGUUUGCCAGCGUGGCUCUGUGACUAG